AUGUCUGCUUAUCCUGGUACUGAGGAAGGUUCUGGUGCUGAGGAAGGUCCCGGCACUGAGGAAGAGCCUGGUUCUGAAGAAGGUCGUGGCACUGAGGAAGAGCCUGGCACUGCCAGGGCUGCUGGAGGAAGGCUGGAGCUGGAGGACGUGGCUGAGCCCAGGGAGGAUGAGGAGGGCCAGGGCCUGGCAGGCACCGCCAGCCCGGGCAGCGUGGAGGACACGUACGAGCUGCUGGAGAGGCUGGGCAGCGGCCACUUCGGCGUGGUGCGGCUGUGCCGGGAGCGCAGCACCGGCUCCUUCUACGCCGCCAAGUUCCUGAGGAUGCGGCGGGGCCGGCCGGGGCUGGAGCGGGCUCAGGUGGAGCGGGAGGUCUCCAUCCUCCGGCAGCUACAGCACCCCAACAUCCUGCGGCUCCACGAGCUCUUCAGCAGCGCGGCAGAGGUGGUGCUCGUCCUGGAGCUGAUCAGGGGUGGGGAGCUCUUUGACUUCAUUGCUGAGAAGGAGAUGCUGUCGGAGGAGGAGGCCAUCGAGUUCCUGGCGCAGAUCCUGAGCGGGGUGCAAUACCUGCACGCCCGCCUCAUCGCUCACUUCGACCUCAAGCCCGAGAACAUCAUGCUGCAGGACAAGGACGUCCCCAAGCCCCGGAUCAAGAUCAUCGACUUCGGGCUGGCCCAGCAGCUGCAGGAUGGCAUCACCUACAGGAGCCUCUGUGGGACCCCCCAGUACAUUGCUCCUGAAGUGAUCAAUUACGAACCACUGAGCCCUGCGACCGACAUGUGGAGCAUCGGAGUCAUCACCUACAUUCUGCUCAGUGGCCUGUCCCCCUUCCAGGGUGAGACGGAUGCUGAGACCCUGUCCAACGUUGUGGCGGGUGCCUACGAGUUUGAGGAGCGCUGCUUCAGCCAGACCUCCGAGCUGGCCAAGGACUUCAUCCGCCAGCUGCUGCUGAAGGAGCCACAGCGCCGCAUGAGCACAGCCGAGUGCCUGGUGCACCCCUGGAUCAAGCCCCUGAGCAGGAAGCAGGCGCUGAGCCGCAGCCGCUCCUCCAUCAACAUGAGAAACUUCCGCAAGUUCAACGCCCGCAGGAAGUGGAAGCUCUCCUACAACACCGUGUCCGCCUGCAACCGCCUGUGCCGCCUGGGGAGGGAGGAUGAGGAGCUGCGCCGCUGUGAGAGCGACCCCGAGGAGGAGAGGAGCCCCCAGACCGCUCUGCUGCGCCGGAGGAGAAGCAGCUGCUCCUGA